CUUGAUUGUUUUGAUGUCGGAUCCUAGCAACCAUCUGAGUCUUAUUGCAGUGAUAAUUUCCAUAAAACUAAUUUCGAUCAUUUUAUUCCGUCUUGAAAUGUAAGAUUACAUCUUCUUAAAUCAAUCAUUGAUGACUGUUGAAGAGCAGUUGAUGAAGGAAGAAUCACUUGUUAGCAGUAAAGUAAUUAGAGGUUCAAGUGACAUCCACCAUUCAUGGAAUACUUUCCCAUCAGUGAGAUUGAGAAAUGGAUCUUCUAAACUUUCAUUAAAUGUUACUGCCUCUAAAGAUGUCAAAACUAUAGAUGAUGAUUUGACAAAUCUUACUUGGCUUCAAGAUACAAAUUUGCUGAAGAAUAUUCAUGUAGGAUCCAAUACCAAAGAACUUUUAACAGAUAAGGAUGAGAGAGAGAAAAGCAAUAUCAACCAAGAUAAAGAUCCAUCGGAUAUCCAAUAUGAUCCUUUUGUCCAUAUUAAGGUUAAACCACCAUAUUCUUUCAGUUGUUUAAUUUUUAUGGCAAUAGAGAAUUCUCCAUCAAAAGCCCUACCUGUAAAAGAUAUUUAUUCUUGGAUACUCACUCAUUUUCCAUAUUUUCAACAAGCACCAAAUGGAUGGAAAAAUUCUGUCCGCCAUAAUUUGUCUCUGAAUAAAUGCUUCCGUAAAAUUGAGAAAAAGGGACAGAAUAUUGCCAAAGGUUCUUUGUGGUCAAUAGAUCCUGAAUUUCGUCCUAACCUCAUUCAAGCAUUACAGAAAGGUCCUAGAUAUUCAAAUACUCAUGGUAAAGAAUUUCAAGAUAUACCACAAUGCCAAAAACUAUAUUCAGCUAGUGGAAAUAUUUCUAAUUCCUUAUCUACAGAGAAUGAUUUUAAAAUUCCUACACCAGAACUCUUCCCAUAUUUAUAUAGACAACUAGCCGUUUCUAGUCUCAAAGAUACUGAAGUUGAUGCAGCAGCAACAAUGUUAGCUCUCAAGAAUGGACCAAAUAUGUUAGAUGAACAAGGUAAUUGGAAUUAUUAAUUAUAAUUAAUUUAAAAA